AUCAACUUACUCAAAAAAUACAUACUAUGCCGGAGCUUCUUAGCAAGAAAUACAGAGACCAACUGGUCACGUGGAUCGGUAGGACCUGUCACUUUCAGUUGUUGUACAAAAUCAGCAGGGACGGGUGUUCGGCCCCGACUUUUCACCAGAAGUGUGACGGUCAGGGCGCCACGGUAACAGUCCUGUACAACACAAACAACACUAUCUACGGCGGCUACCUGUCACAGAGCUGGAACUCUAGUGGCAAUUACAUAAACGACUCGAACGCCUUCCUUUUCCGUUUGCAGUAUAAUGGAUCAUCCAAUCCACUGAAGUUUCCAAUCAGUCAGCCAACGUUUGCUGGAUUGGGACAGAGUAAUUAUGGUCCAACCUUUGGCAGCGGGCAUGAUAUUCAUACAUUAAGUGGAACAAUAUCCAAGUCAGGGAGUGGGUUUUCACUGAAUGGAUACGUACACAGUAUUGGAAACAGUUACAAACUUAAUGGACAGAACGCAAACACAAUAACAAACAACAGUCUUCAAGUCACAGACUCGGAGGUUUACAAAGUAAUAGAUGGGCCGGGUCAGACAGUUCCAGAUCUAGACAAACCCUGGAGAGAACACGAUGGAUGGACAAAUGAAACAAUGCAAGCACUAAAGGAGUCCUUGCUUGACUACAAACCUAUGACAGAAACAAAGGUGACAGCAGCAAACAUCCUUCUGAUCGGUCAGAUAGGCGCAGGAAAAUCCAGCUUCUUUAACUCUGUCAACUCUAUUUUCCGGGGGAAAAUUACCAGCAAGGCUUGUAGUGGGAGCUUCGAACACAGUGUGACAACGAUGUAUCGACAGUACAAAGUAAAGGAUUUUUCCAAAGGGAAGUUUCUUAACUUUCGCGUGUGCGACACUCGUGGCUUUGAGGAAGAAUUUGCACUUGAUGCUCAGGAAAUUUCAUUUAUUUUGGAUGGAAAUAUUCCUGACCGGUACCAGUUUAACCCUUUGGUUCCUUUCACACCGGAUACCCCUGGAUAUAUCAAAGACCCAAACCUAAAAGACAAAAUUCACUGCGUGGCGUUUGUCAUAGAUGGCAGCACUGUUGAUGUUAUGUCGGACAAAGUCCAAAAACGGAUGAAAGAUCUACAAGUCAGAAUGAACCAUAGAGGGUUACCUCAGGUUGUCUUCUUAACCAAACUAGACAAAAUAUGCCCGGUUGUAAAUGAAGAUGUUAAACACACGUUUACGAGUACCGCUGUCUGUGACGCCGUGGAGAAAGUAGCAGAAAUAAUGGGUCUUCCACGUGCCCACGUGCUUCCGGUGAAGAAUUACGAGAGCGAGACUAAGCUGAAGACUACAGUGGACAUUUUGUUAAUGGAAGCUCUGCAGCGAUGCCUGGACUUUGCUGAUGAUUACAUGGAUGAACAACUUGACAAAAUGGCAGCAGAAGGAAAGAACGUUCAAAGCAAAGAUUAGUUGGAAUCGUUUUCCAUAUAGAUAUGGUUAAUUUCGUCGAAAUAAUUUGAUUGUGCAUUGAGGUCUACCUGUUUUUAAGAGACGUUCAAGACAUUUUACUGAUUUGGUCAGUUCUUAAUUUUAACGUCUAUAGCUCUGUAAUAAACAGUAUAUUCAAUGAAUGGUCGUUUAAUGACGUCAAUGGUACAGAAAAAAAAUCCUUGUUUUUGAUUUGUAUUGAUUUUAGCCAGAAAGUUUAGAAAUGUUGUUUGAAAUUAUUUUUAGAACAAUUUACAGAAACAAAUGGGCAUAUGUGUGUGAGUUCGGGCACAGUAGCAAAAGAAGUUAAAUGGACAAAUACACGAUUUGAGAUAGGUAGCUUUUACAGUUAUUUACAAAUAAUGAAAUCAACACAAAAUAUGGUCAAUUUAACCAAUGUAACAUAUACUUGGUCCACAGAUAUCGACAAACUGAGGGAGUUUAUUCGUAGUGAGCGACCACAACCGGUUACGUCCACCCCGGCAGGCAGGUAAACUGUUUUACUUGCGCCCCGCUUUCAUCAUGUGUGUGACUGAUCCUACAUACCGUUGUGCUAUUCUUAGAAUGGGAUUUCCCCCAUACAUUUUGACGUGUUCAUGCGCUAUUCCAGAGAUGCGUUCUAAAUGACUACCUUGUAAUGAUUAUAUGUAUGAACAAUGAAUCUGUGUUGAUAUUCAUUUUUUGAUUAUGUCCCUUGAUUAAAGAGU